AUGAAGCUUGCUUUCUUCGCCAUCAUCUGUUUGCGCCUGGCGGAGGCCAUUCGUGUGCAGGAUAUACCUUCUUGUGCGCAAGGAUGCUUGGGUAAUUCGACAGCUGCGCAGUUAUCAUGCGCGGUGAUCGACAUCGCCUGCCUCUGUUCGUCUACAGCAUAUGUCAGUGCCUUGUCAUGCUGUCUGUAUCAAUCAUGUUCCUCUGAGGAACAAGCCAUUGCGAUUCAAUUUAACCAGCAAGAGUGCGAGGCGGUCAAUCGAACGGCACCGGACUUCGUUGGCUGUUCGCCUGCUGGCCUUUCAAGCGCCCUUGCCAGUGCCAGUGCCGAGCAAGCCACGAGACCGCCCUUCUCGAACACAGCGACCUCAAGGACAGCGACCAGUACUUCGUUGUCCCAAAGCGUGUCCACAAUCACUGGAGAUGUCGUGCUGGAAACUCCACCAUCUCAGACCACGAAGAAACUCACCGCCCAGUUUGCAGGCCGACCACUGAUGACAGGGAGCUGUACUGUCCCUUAUUUUGCGCUGGCGUCUGAUGCAGCAGGAAUGGUCACCCAGUACCCAGUCAUUGGUUGUUCAGAAGGCCGGCAGGAUUGCUGUCCAUACGAUUCUGAUGUGGAUGCGGUGCUCACCCAAUGUCCUCAAGAUCAUUUCACCACGGCAGGAGCCUGCUGUCCACUCGGUUACCAGAUAUACUAUACGGCCAUCGGAGCCGAGACGCCUUGUUAUUCAGAUCCAGUCACCAAAUACAUACCAGCGUCAACGCCCACGGUAGCAGGACUGAGUGUGAUUACAGACCACGUAUUUGCACAGAAAUAUGCUGUGGUCUCACCGUCCAAGGGAGGCAAGGACAUCCCUACUGGAGGCAAAAUCGGCAUUAGUGUGAUGGGCGUGAAUGCUGUACUUAUCAUCAUCGGGGUGAUCUGGUAUACGAGGAGACGCAAAGCCAAGAGAAUGGCAAAAGAGUCAGCUUCCACCACAUACCCACCAGUGGAACCGACCCUCCAAAUGUCUCGAGCACCGACAGCACACGAGCUGGACAGCCCAAAUUCGGGUAAUCAGUCCGCUGGGAUACCAUCAGCCGCCUGGCCGCCCAUUCCCUCCGUGAUACCACCACCAGCAUACGACGUGACUAAAGGGCGACCAGUGGCAGUAUCCAGCAAGCCUCCCGUGCCACAGGAACUGCCAGGAAGCACCUUCAUCUAUGAACAUCACCCUGCAUUCUCAGCAUCGACACCUGCUGGUAGUGAUGUUCCCAGUGAGCUGUCGCCUACUACGCCUCCAAGAACACCAACGCAGAGUGCAGUGGAUAGCGAAAGGAAGUCACCCUUGCUAUCUCCUGGGACGUCUCGGGCUGGUGCGCAGAGCCCACCAGUUAUUUCUCCGUUAGCAUCUCCAAAGUUGACAUUCUCGGAGACUUGA